UAAUGCUCAUUGUUACGAUUGUAUCCCAUUUAUAAAAUAAGCAUGUAAACACAAGUACAUUUGAAACGACUUUCCUUUGGCACUGUCACUAACCCUAAUCCCAACUCUAUUUAUUAAGCGUUUAUAAUGUUCUUUAUACGUGACUGUGCCAAUUUGCCAAAGGAAAGUCCUACAGUACAGUUCAAUAUUAUACAGUGGUGUGAUUUUGGAAAGAAUUACUUAUUUUUCCCCUGACAAAUUUUGUAAAUAUUUGUUAGGGUUUGAUUUGAGUUUGUUAUUUAUAAAUAUUAGUGCAGAGCGCACAUUAAGUCAAUACUUUUGUUAAUGUCACAAUGUGCAGGGCAAGAUGCUUCCCUCUAUUUAGCAAAUUUAAAAUGGUGGUAAAAAGUUUUAUGUUCUUGUUGGAAGAUUUAUUGGUUUAUUUUGUUAACAAUGAUGCAAGUAGGGUCUACUUCAAUUGGGAUUUUCAUGUUAAAAAUACAGGACAUCAAGACAAGUAACACAUCCAAAUACAAAUUUCGACAACUAUCCAGAGAUGUAUCUGGGGAGGGUUUUGACAUCCCAGAAGGAAAUCAUGCCCUUUUUGCAUAUUAUAAUAUUCACAAGAUAAACCUACAUAUUGGAGGUGUAACUUUCUCAUUGGCUAACUUGAACCAGACAUACACUGAGUCAACGUUUGAAUGUGAUUAUUUCCAUCAGAUCACCUUCAUGUUUGUUAAGCGUGAUUAUCAGGGAAAAGGUUAUGGAACACAACUGAUAAAUGGAGUAAUUGAGAAGAUGACCGCACAUGCAUCACAUCGCCCAGUUCGAGUUCAAAGUGCAGUUAAGGCGGUGGGCUUCUUUGAGAAAAUGGGAUUUGUAAAGAUAGGUGAACCAAUGGAUACAUUGGCCUGUGGACCUCAUCUCUUUCGGACUAUUGUAAAUAUGGAGAAGCAGCUAUCAGUGCUACCUAAAUGAAGUCCAAUAUUAAAAUCUAAUACUUAUUUCAGUAUUGUGUUGGAAAGAAUAAGUAUUGUUAA